AUGUCUGCUUCUCCCUCCGAAUCUCCCGCCCCUGAGCCAUCAGGCAUGGACAGUCAGCAUGCUGGCAUCAUGGGGGACCUUGCGGAAGAUGACUUUGAGCCUGCGGAGGAUGACGACGAGUUCGACAAGGUGGUGCAGCGCAUGAACGAACCGAACGCCAACAUGGACUUUUUGACCCGAGAUCUUGAAAUAGGAGAGAAGGCAGACGACGCGAUAGACUACGAGGAUUUCGACGACGACGAACUUCCAGACGAAGAAGUUGUUGCUCCGAGCGCAAGGCCGCCUACUGCUAUACCCCAGGACGACGAUCUGGGAGACCUCUUUGGCGGAGAAGAAGGCUUUCAAGGAGGCCAGGAAGGCGAAGGAGAUGAGCUGGAUGACCUGUUUGGAGAUGUACCCUCAUCCCCUGCGCAAAAACAGGCCGGUAUUGGCCUCUCACUCCCAAUUACGGACCAUUCCAUGGAGGCCGCAUUUGGAGAGAGUGGCAUAUCGCAACGGUCCCUUGAAGUGCAUGAUGAUAUAUUCGCUGAGGAUAUAGAGAAUGAGAAGGAAGCGCCGCCCUCGCCUACUCUUGAUAUGGACCCUGCUACGCUCCGAGAUUAUCAGCUGCAGCAAGCCCUGUUUGCAAUGUCCGCAUAUGGACCAGAUAACCCCCCCGCACCACCGGAAAAUAACGAAGAACUGCUUGCUUCCCUAUGGCCCAAGUUUGAUAAAGAUGCCCUACCCCGUUUCAUGGAGCUCAUACCACCUAAAAAGGCGCGCUUCAUCGGCAAAGCGCCUAUUAAACCUCCUAAGCGGAUCAAUCCUACAAAGAUCAACAUCGAACUCGCUCCCGAUCAAGAGCGUGCAUUUCUGUUUACUGGACAGACCCAAAAGAAACCGGUCGAGUCGGAUCAGUUCAUUACUGUUAUGACUCCGCCGUCUAUGUCCGCCGAGUCAAGUGAUGUGGAAGGCGGUGAUGAUUCUGAUGAGGAACUUCCUGGAGGUAUCACCAUGGAAGACUUGCAGUUCAUAUGCGCUGACUGGGACGUAAAGAGUCCAACCCCAGAGAAUGACACCGUUGCUACACCUGAGGUACCUCAAAAUGAUGAAGAUGACUGGCUAUUCGAAGUAGCUCAGCCAACGAAGAAGCGCAAACUAGGAAGAGAUCCUGCAGAUUACCUGUCAUACUCGCAUAUUGAUCUCCCCAAUCUUGAUGACCCAGCCGAAGCUACAGCGCUGCUUGCCAGAAAGAUCCGGAUUGAUAUGAAUGAUCCGCAUCUGUUGUUGGAUGAUUAUUCUAAUAAUGAACCCAUCACGAAAAUCAAAUCCAGCAAGCUUCAGAGUACAAAUGAAAUAUCCAGCGGUUUGACCAAGCGUCUCAUGCAACGGUACAAUAUCUCAAAUGAUGCUGCAUACGACAUGUUGAAGGAAAAUCACCAGAACAAGGUACGAAGCACUCUUGGCAACAUAGCCUUAGAGCACAGCUUGCCUGCAAUCCGACUCCAGUGGCCAUACUACAAGACAAAACUUGCGAGACCCGAGGCUCGAUCAUUCCAUCGUCCAUCACUAACCUUCCAUCCAAACCUCCCACUCACCUUCAAAGUCCCGGCAUAUCUCAAGCGGAAACAUCAAAAAGGAAAGGAUGCGAAGACCUUGUUCGACACCACAAAAUCUCUGUCCUUGGCGGAUAACUCCAAUGCUUUGUUGAUAGAGCAUUCAGAAGAGUAUCCAACCAUGUUAUCUAACUUCGGUAUGGGAAGCCGCUUGAUCAAUUACUACCGCAAGAAAAAUGCGGAGGACCCGUCCCGGCCAAAGACAGAGAUCGGUGAGACAGCAGUUUUGCUUCCUCAAGACAAAAGUCCGUUUUCCAGCUUUGGUCAUGUCGACCCGGGAGAGACCACACCAACUAUUACUACGGGACUUUAUCGUGCUCCCGUUUUCCGCCAGGAGGUCAAAAGCACUGACUUCCUUAUUGUACGGAACAGCACUGGCGUGGAAGGCUCCAGCUACUUCAUACGAAAUAUCGAUCAUUUGUAUGUGGCAGGCCAACAAUUCCCAUCUAUCGAUGUACCAGGGCCUCAUUCCAGAAAAGUCACGACUGCUGCAAAGAAUCGCCUGAAAAUGAUUUGCUAUCGUCGAAUUAAACGGAAUGGAAAUAAUAGGGUCAGUGUGGCCGAGGUCACCGAACAUUUUCCCGAUUCAACAGACAUGCAAAACAGGCAAAAGAUGAAGGAAUUUCUCCAGUUCAACAAAGAUCAUAAAGAGUGGGAAAUGAAGAGCGGGGAAUCGGUACCCAGUGAGGAUGUCAUGCGCGGAUAUGUAAAGCCUGAAGACGUCUGCCUUCUUGAGGCCAUGCAAGUUGGUCAGCAGCAGCUUCAUGACGCUGGAUAUGACCGUGAAUCAGAUAACGGUGAUGACUACGAGGGCAAGGAAGGAGAAAGUUUGGAACAGCAGCUCGCUCCUUGGAAAACCACCAGGAGCUUCCUUCUAGCCUCUCAAGGAAAAGCCAUGUUACAACUUCACGGAGAGGGAGAUCCAACUGGCCGUGGAGAAGGCUUCAGUUUCAUCAAGACAUCCAUGAAGGGAGGCUUCAGAGCUGUUGGCGAGAGUGUGGAGGACAAAAUCGAUGCUCAACGACAAAAGGAGCUUGGAGGGCACAGUUAUAAUGUUGCCCGACAACAAAAGUCCUACGAAGAAGCUAUUCGUCGAAUUUGGGAAAGCCAAAAGUCUAGCUUAUCCUCAACUGUCCACCACUCGGAUGAAGAGAGUGAUGUGGACAUGGGAGAAGCUGAUGAACUGUUCGGAAAGCCAACACCGAGAUCUGAUCGCCCUACUCCAUCCUUUAGCCGUCGGGAUGAUGAGACAACCAGUCAGUUCAGUCGAUUCAGCACCUCAAGCCAGUCGGGUAAGGUUAUGGUAAUCUCCCGUCAGCUACGCAACAACAAAGGCCAAAUUGAGACUGUCAAGGAAGUUAUACGAGAUGCCAGAGUAAUUAAACAGUAUCAGAAACAGCGCCAUGAAGCAGACCUUGCAAAUAUGACGCUUGUUGAUAUUCAACCUACUGGUAACCCCGAAGUUGACGCUCGAAACAUGAAGCACAUCGAAGAUGAGCUUCGCCGUCUUCAACGCAAUAAGGAGCGACGUCACGCUCGAGAAAAGCAAAAAAGCGUCAUGGCAGAAAGCAAUCGGGAAAUGUCGCCAAAUACAGCCGCUGGUUCCCCCGCUGCUAGUGGUUCAGGCGGCCCCAAGACUGGAGGCACACAGAGGAAGUGUGCUAAUUGUGGCCAGGUCGGCCAUAUCAAGACCAACAAAAAGUGUGUUGCUCGUUCUUCAUAA